UCCAAGGCCACAAGCCACUCAGCUUAGGCCAGCCUACGAGUCUGCUCCUCGCUCCUCCUGUGUUGGCUUUCAGCCCCAUGGCGCUCUGGUUGACUGUGAUCAUUGCUUUCACCUGCCUUAGUGGCCUUGCCUCCCCAGGUCCUGUGCAUAACUUAACAACCACCAAGGAGCUCAUUGAGGAACUGGCCAACAUCACCCAGAAUCAGGCAUCCCUCUGCAAUGGCAGCAUGGUGUGGAGCGUCAACCGGACCACCAGCAUGUACUGUGCAGCUCUGGAAUCUCUGACCAGUGUCUCCAACUGCAGCGCCAUCCACAGGACCCAGAGGUUGCUGAGAUCACUGUGUGAUCAGGAUACCUCGGCAGGGCAGAUCGCCAGUAAGGACACCAAAAUUGAAGUGAUCCAGUUGGUGAAAAACCUGCUCACCUACGCACGGAGUGUUUUUCGCCAUGGAAAUUUCCCAUGAAGCAUGAAAACCUCGCAUUCUUAUUCACAGAGGCAGACCUGACCAUUUAAGUUACAGAUUCAUUUUUUCUUUCAGAUGUCACAGAUUUCUUGUUGGGAUAGGGUGCAGGGAGGGAGGGAGACAUGAUUUCCUUAGCUUGGAUCUCAGCCUGUGCCACCUGCCUCCACCAAGCAGAGCCCAGCCAGUGGCUCUACACUCCGUGAAGGACAAGAGAGAAACACUGCUUGGCAGGACUGCCCCCUCCUGAGACCAAACCCCUGCAUUACAAUGGGAGCUGCCUUGGCAGACACAAGUGGGAGGGGGCCCUGCUGUUCACAGGCAUGGCUAAGGCAGACAGCAGCAUCCCAGGCACAUUUCUUCUUAGCCUUAUUUAUUAUUGUGUGUUAUUUAAAUAAGUGUGUUUGUCUGUGCUGGGGACAGGGAGGGACUGUUGCCUCCAGAACCUGGAGCUGGGGGCCCGACGAUGUGGGUGUUAGGAGUCCCUGGGAAUAAGCACUGUGUGUAAAAUUCUGCUACCUCACUGAGGUCCUGGGGCCAACACAGGACGGGAGAGAGGGCCAGAGAAGCUGCUCUUGUCUGCCACGCAGCAGCUGGCCCUCAGCCAAAGAGUAAUUUAUUGUUUUUCCUUGUAUUUAAAAUUAAGAAAUAAAAUAUGUUAUCAAAGAGUUAAUAAUAUAUAGAAGCGCAGCCUAGAAGGUUGCAUUGGGUGUGUGUGGCCUGGGGGGAAGGGUCACUGAAUGUGUUCUUUCACUGACUUGUCAAACUGGAAGCCAGAAAUAAAGACAGUGACAAGACCUGAUGAUGGUUGUG